GACGUUUGUUUAAAUGUUUUAAAAGCGGAACAUCUUUUCAAACUCAAACGGUUAUAAAUUAUAAAAGCUUUGAUAUACAAGGAUAAUAUGCGUGUAUGUAUUAUUAUUUUUCUAAUUUGUUUUCUGAGUCUAACAGGAAAUACCAGUUAUAAUUCCCAAGAACAAGAAAUAGAAGAACGGGGAAAAGCACAGUACCAAUUAAUUCAAGAAAAGGGAAACCUACCCCAAUAUGGUACCUGUUGGAAGUCAGGGAUAGAAUAUUUGCAAAGGGGAUGUAAACUGCUCACAGAAGAAAUACAAAGUGAAAUUGCUUUACAUUUUACAAACUGCUUUCUUUCAAUGUCAGGCCAUGACACAUACAAUUGUGGAUUGGAUAAGAAGGCCAAUGUUAGAGCUAUAUGUAUAAAUAGUAUGUCUGACAGAGCAUUUAAUGUUUAUACAGAAUUUUAUACUCAUACACAAAAUAUAUGCGCAUUUUUACAAGGACAUGUAUGGCAAGAAAUAAUAACUGAAAAUACAAUACUUGUGGGUAAACAAUUAAAAGAAACAGCUCAAAAUCAAGAAGGAUUAUUGGCAGCCCAGAAGGAAAGCUUAAGGCUUCAAGAGAAAAUGCUUCAUCAUGGCAAAGUAUUGGAAAAUAUUUUAGAAGAUUUAUUCAGGCAGCAUGGGGAUAAUUUAAAUGUAUUAUUGACAACUAUUACCAAUUUUCAGUCUUGGAUUAUUAGGGAAAUGUCUUGGUUUAAUUCAGUAAUAUUUUAUACAGUUUCAAUUGUUUUAUCAUUUAUUUGUACUUCCUCCUAUAGAACCAGUGCAUCUAGGUUAAUAAUUUUUUUUCUGCAAUUUUUAAACUUUCUAACUGAAAGGAUAAUAUGUUCCAUUUACAUUUUUAUUUCUGGUAAAGACACUUCAAAUCUUUAUUCCAAAGUUUAUAGUUACAUUUGGUUCUCAAGAUAUGUAUUUAUUAGCUUUUCUGUCUUUUUUUUGGUAUAUUCUGCUGUUAGACAUAAAAAUUAUGCCAAACAACAGUUUGAAAUAUUACUGUCCAUUCAAAAACAAAAUUCAAAUAUUUUGAAAAUUCUUCAAAGUAAUCCUAAACUAUUGAAUGUUAGUCCAGAGAUAGCUGAUAAGAUCCAUUUGAAUAGUAUUAAUGAAAAUAUUAAAGCUAUGAAUAAUUCAUUAGGUGAUUUAAAAAGUUCAAAAGAUAUAUUAAAUAAAUCACAAAAAGAACUUUCAAAUGACAUUGAUAAUAAGGACAAAUACAGUGAAUUAUUAAAUUUAAAUAUAAGAACACCCACAAGAAAAAGACAUAUAUUGAUCAGUGACAAUAAUGUUAACAAACAAUUAAAAGACAGCAACGUAAGUUUAGAUGAGAAGUAUAAUCUCAGAAGCAAUAGAUGUGCUAAAUCAGAACCAAGAAUAAUAUAACCAGUAAGCAUAAUUCAUUUUCUUGUUGAUUCAUUUUCAUUGAUGAUCAUUGUUUGUUUCAUCUAUUUUCCUUAAUUCUUUUAACAUUCCUAAAUGUUUGUGUAAAGAUAAUCUAUCAAGUAUUUAAAUUUCGAGAGAUUAAAGGUACUUUACCAGUGAAUAGUAAGGCCGAUACUAGUAGGCUGAUGGAAAGUAUAUCGCUAGUACAAAAGUAGCUCCUGCUAAUGCUAAAGCUGGGGAGAGUGGAAACUUGCAUUGACGAAUUUUGACAUUUAGCGCCAUUUACAUAUAAGAGACAUUGCUAAUAUUUUUUAAGAAAAACAUUUCUUUCCUAAAUUUAUAUCACAGAGCUCAUACAAUAUUAGAACAAUAGAUCACAUGCAUGUAGGUGGCGUUGGCGUCAGGGUUUGGUAUUAAAACACAACCUUAGUUUAUUCAGACAUCUAUUUACAUUGUUUGGUACUCGUCUCCUAGUUGGUAUGCAAUUUUUUGAGUGAUUUUAGUUUUAAUAAGUUAGUUAGGACAUUUUAAUUGUUUGAACACUUUUACUAAAACUUUACAGUAUGCCUUACAAUUGUGUGCCACAAUGAAAUUCAGCUUCCAAAAAAACUGAUAAUUUUAAGUUUCAUUAAUUUCACUUGAACAAAGCUUUACAAAAACGAGUAACAUUCUAAUUUCUUGCAUUGUCAUUGUCUUGUUUUUCUAGGACAAUGGUGUAUUCUUAAAAAAGAUUUAAAAAAGUGUAUUUAAAUUAAAAAGAUCAGUAAAUUUACCAAAAAGAAAGUUGGAGACUCUAGUGAAGUGAUAGAUAUAGAAAAAGACUUUGUGCAGCAGUAUUGCCACCAAACAAACAAAAAGAGCAAAUAGAAACAGAAUUAUUACAAACAGUUAAUAAUGAUACACAAAAGUGUUGUUAAACAGAGACACCUGCUAAUGAAAAUAAAUCGGAGAGUUCAAAAAUAUGUACUACAACUCAAACCGUGAUAACAUGGAAAAAAAGUCAAUUAAUUUCUUAUUACUUUUUAUCAAAAGAAACAUGGUCCUGGUAGACGGCAGGCGUCCUGGUUGAAGAACAUUCGUGAGUGGACUGGUUUGGAUUCUCAAUCUUUAAUAAGAAAAGCCAGGGACAGAAAUGAUUUUGCUGAGGUUAUUGCCAACCUUCAUUGAAGACGGCACCCAAAGAAGAAGAAGAAGAAACAUUUUACUGGUUUUUCAAAAAUUUUAAUUUUUUGUUGAAGAGCUUGGAAAAUCAUACAUUAAAAUGCAUAGUGCUCCUUCAGUGGAAAAUGAACUGUUAAUAUCGCUUAUGAAAUAUUGUUUUAUUCUACAUUAAAGCAUUUUUUUGCAGUAGAUAUUCGAACUGUCUGAAAAAUAUUUGUUAAGUGGACCAAGCAUCUUACACUUGCUCAUGAAGUUAUUAGUAGAAAACGUAAGGCGUAAUUUACAACACCUCACCCUCAACUAAAGAUUUCUUCUGCCGAUCUUGCAACCAUAUAAAUAAUUAGGAUCAUGUAAAUUUUACUUCCCGUGUUUCAGACAUACUGUAGAAAAACAAAUUUUUAUUUUUAUUCAGGUUUGGGAGUCAAUUACCUUAUGUAUAAACUCGAAUCACAAACAAAUAAACUUUGAAGAACGUACUUCAACUUUUACUUUGGCAAAACACACGUGUAAAUGAUUUAUAUUAAACAUUUUAUAGCUUAGAGAUCAAAUGACAAAAUUAUUUGUUUUCCCGAAGUUAUCGUCCAUCUUUGAAAUCUUCAGCGCCCCCUGUCGGAAUUCGAUAUCGCGAAUAAACUAAAGUUAUCCGCUACAUAGGUUAAGACCAACAGAAAUCAUGUUUACUAUAAUUGUAUAAAAAUGUAUUGCUGGUUUCAAAUGCAGUGGCGAGAAUCUUUUGGAACAGUAAUGCCUAAUCUAACGACCAAUGGCGUUCCAAAAUAUUAAUUAUAUUUGGCAAAAUUUUUGCAUAUUUGAAACAACAUGUAUUACAAUUAUUAUUACUCAUUGAUAAUUAUUGUUUAAUAUGUUCUAACUUUACUAUAAUUAUUAUUACAAAUGUUAUUAAAUAUUGUGUUUAUAUAGGAUUAAGCCACAUGUUACAAUUUUACUCGUUUAAUUUAUUAUUAAACUAAUUUAUUUUUU